GCUGUCAUUGGCAGCUCCAGCUGUCAAUCACCGUAUCCCAGACCGAGAUUCCCCGCCGGCACCCGGCGAUCGCCAAGGAACACUGACAAGGGAGAAGUCUGUAUCUAAACAAUAUAGAUCUCUCCCCUGUCACCACCAACAUGCUGCUUUGUAUUGUCCUGCAUAGCAGAGCAACAGUCAAAACACACACAGCACAGUUAGUAAAACAGCACACAGUUAACCCUUUGAUCGCCCCAGAUGUUAACCCCUUCUUGCCCAGUGUCAUUAGUACAGUGCCAAUGCUUUUUAUUAGCACUGAUCACUGUAUUAGUGUCACUGGGGAUGUCAGUGGCAGUUAGUCAGUUCCCCCCAGUGUUAGAAUGCCCCUGCCGCAGUCCCCCUGUAAGUCGCAGA